CGCCGGCGGGGCGGCCGCUCCCGGCGCAGCGCGCGGCGUCCCCUCAGCCGCCCCGGCCGCCCGGAGCUGUUGGCUGCUCCUUCCUCCUUUCCCCUCCUCCUCCUUCUCUUCCUCCUCCUUCUCUUCCUCCCCUUCAGGAGCCGGCGGCGGGCGAGGAGAGGCGAGUGCCGCGGCCGGCAUGUGAAGCGGGGCACCCCCUCACCGCCGCUUGCCUCCGGUUCCUCCCCGGUUCUUCCUGGGGCUCUCCGCUCGCCAUGAAGAAGUUUUCUCGCAUGCCCAAGUCCGAGGGGAGCGGCGGCGGCGGCGGCGGGACGGCGUGCGGUGGCUCCGGGAGCGGCGUGGCCCUGGGCAGGGCGCUGGCGGUGGGGCGGUACCAGGUGACCCCCGAGGAGCCGCUUGCCGAAGGUGGCUUCUCCACUGUGUUUCUGGUGCGCACACCCAGCGGGACGCGCUGCGCACUGAAGAGGAUGUGUGUGAAUAAUAUGCCAGACCUCAACAUCUGCAAGAGGGAAAUCACCAUUAUGAAAGAGUUAUCUGGGCACAAGAACAUUGUGAGUUAUUUGGACUGUGCUGUCAACUCCCUAAGUGAUAAUGUGUGGGAGGUGCUCAUCCUCAUGGAGUACUGUCGAGCUGGGCAAGUUGUGAACCAGAUGAACCAGCGUCUGCAGACAGGCUUCACUGAGUCAGAAGUAAUGAGAAUAUUUUGUGACACCUGUGAAGCUGUUGCCCGGUUGCAUCAGUGCAAAACACCUAUAGUUCACCGGGAUCUCAAGGUGGAGAAUCUGUUGUUAAAUGAUAAUGGGAACUAUGUUCUCUGUGACUUUGGCAGUGCCACUAACAAAUACCUGAACCCCCAAAAAGAUGGUGUUAAUAUGGUUGAAGAAGAAAUUAAAAAGUACACUACACUAUCAUACAGAGCUCCUGAGAUGAUCAAUCUAUAUGGAGGAAAGCCAAUUACUACCAAGGCAGAUAUCUGGGCACUGGGCUGCUUGCUGUAUAAGCUCUGCUUCUUUUCACUUCCCUUUGGAGAAAGUCAGGUUGCCAUUUGCGACGGGAGCUUUACUAUCCCGGAUGGCUCGCGGUACUCCCACAGCGUGCACUGCUUGAUCAGAUAUAUGCUUGAACCAGAUCAAGAGAAGAGACCUGAUAUCUUUCAAGUAUCUUACUUUGCCUUUAAAAUUGCCAAAAAGGAGUGUCCAGUGUCUAAUAUUAAUAAUUCUCCUGUCCCCUCAAGUCUUCCUGAGCCCAUGACAGCUAGUGAGGCAGCUGCUAGAAAAAGCCAAAUAAAAGCAAGAAUAACAGAUGCUGUUGGACCAACAGAAACCUCAAUUGCACCACGACAAAGACCAAAGGCCAAUUCGAGCACUGCCCCUUCCAGUGUGCUGGCGAUCCAGAGCUCAGCGACUCCUGUCAAAGUACAAGUUCCUGGGGAAUUUGCUAAUCGUGGGCAAAAAGGAACCACGCGACCAGGGAAUGCACAAGACAUCUCACAGUCCCAAGGGACCACUCCACAGCAGCACAGGGUUCUCCAGCAGCUGCAGCAGGGAGACUGGAGACUGCAGCAGCUGCACCAUUUGCAACACCAGCCUGCCAUGCAGGAUGCUUAUAUCCAGCAGUAUCACCAAGCAGUGCACCAGCAGAUGGUCCAGCAGCAGCUGUUGCUGCAAUCUGUGUACCAGCAGCAGCCUACCCAGUCACAGUAUCCUGCCAUGGUGCAGCAGUACCAGCAGGCUCUCCUGCAGCAGCAGAUGCUGGCUCAGCAGCGGGCACAGAAGGUGCAGUCCCCUGAAUACAUCACUUCUCCACAAGACUUUGCACCAGCCUUAAUCUCCUACCCCAGGUCGCUCCCAGUGCAUGGUGGAACAGUGGCAGAUCCUUCCUACCCUACAAACAGGUCAGGUAUUCCUGAUGCUGAAGCAAUUGCCACUUACCCCAAGCAGAACAUCAGUAACCCACCUGAUAUGUCAGGUUGGAACCCAUUUGGAGAGGACAAUUUUUCCAAGUUGACAGAGGAGGAGCUGCUGGACAGAGAGUUUGACCUGCUAAGAUCAAACAGGCUGGUGGACAGGAGAGCAUCUUCAGAUAAGAAUGUGGAGCCACAUGCUGCUCCACAGACAAGUCCUCCUGAAGAUCCCUUUGGUUCUGUUCCUUUCAUUUCUCAGCAAGGUUCCCCUGGAAAACAAGUGGAUAACUCAGCCAGCAAUCAAGGAAAUAACUUAGGGACCCCAACAAAGGCUGGAAAACUGAGCCAUGCAUUUAGAGAUCCCCGGGCAGGGAGGAAAAGUGCAGAGGGACACAUGACAAAAGGUGGUGAGGAGUCAGAGAGUGAUUUUGAAUCUGAUCCUCCUUCUCCCAAGAGCAGUGAGGAAGAAGAAGAACAGGAGGAUGAAGAAGUCUUGCAUGGAGAAAAUGGGGACUUCAAUGAUGACAAUGAUACAGAACCAGAGAAUUUAGGCCACCGACCUCUCCUCAUGGAUUCUGAGGAAGAGGUGGAAGAAGAGGAGGAAGAAAAGCAGAGCUCUGAUUCUGAUUGUGACCGAACCAAGCAAAAAUGUGUGGAAGGGCUCCUGAGCACUCGGUUCAGAGAUGGUGUGGGCAGCAGUGAAAUCACAGAGCCCAGUUCAGUGCCUAUGUCCCUGCCUGAGGUGCCAACCACUCUGAUCAACUCUGGCCAAGAAUUUGACGUGUUUGGAGCUGUGCCCUUUUUCCCUCUGCAGCCUCAGGCAAGAGAGAAAGUGGACAAAGAUGUUUCUUCUCAGGUGGCUUUUCCCAGCCAAGAGCAGGAUGACUUUGAUGUUUUCAUAAAAGCUCCUUUCAGCAAAAAGGUGCCGCAGCGAGAUGGGCAGGGGUCAGGAAUGGAGCCUCUGCUCUCCCCCACCUCUCCACGGAGCGUGGAUAUCUUUGGUUGCACCCCAUUUCAGCCGUCCCUUGUCCCCAAGUCUGCUGGGAGUAGACAGGACCUGUUUGGGCUGGUUCCGUUUGAGGAGAUCACAGGCAGCCAGCAGCAGCAGCAGAAGGUGAAGCAGCAGCGGAACCUGCAGAAGCUGUCUUCCCGCCAGAGGCGCAUGAAGCAGGAGGUGUCCAAGAGCAAUGGGAAGCGCCAUCACGGUACCCCCACCAGCACAAAGAAGGGGCUAAAACCCAGCUACCGCACCCCGGAGCGCGCCCGCCGGCACAGGAAGGCCGGCCGCAGGGACUCCCAGAGCAGCAACGAGUUCCUGACCAUCUCGGACUCCAAGGAGAACAUCAGUGUGGCCUUGACCGACAGCAAGGAUCGAGCCAACCCUCUGCAGACAGACGAGACUCUGCUGGAUCCUUUCGGAGCCAAACCCUUCCACCCACCAGAGCUGAUGCGCCAUGCCCAGCACCAGGGCUUUGGGGACAGCUGCGGGGACCACGGCACAGUCGUGGUGGCUGGCAGGCCGAGGCAGAGCUCCUUGCAUGGGGCCGUUCACGGUGGGGAUGGGCUGAAAACAGAUGACUUUGGUGCAGUGCCCUUCACAGAGCUGGUGGUGCAGAGCACACAGAGCCAACCACAGCAGGCACUGGAGUUAGAUCCCUUUGGAGCAGCUCCGUUCCCUUCUAAACAGUAGAGGCUUCCAAUGGGUUCCCCCCUCUCCACCUCUCCAAGUCCCUUAAUAAAGGUUUAGUGGAGUAAUUUAUAUGGUUGAAAUGCCAGGAGCCUGGGUUGUACAGCUUGUUCAGGCUGAGGAGGCAAUGGCCUGCAUGCGUGAUGGAGUUGCAAAUAACAGCUGAUUCUGAUUUGGGUCUUUUUAAGAAAAAGAGAAAAAAAAUCAGAAGUGUUGUUUCCUUAUGUGAGAUGGCUCCCAGAAUGAAGUGAGGAAUUGGAUACGAAUCUCUGUCACUGACUUGGGGCCCUGGGACAUAUUAUCAUUGUGCACUUUGGUCUUGCCUUUCCAUCCCUCUGCCAUGUGCCCCAGUGAAGCAGAAGAGGCAGGGAGUACAUGGAAAAUGCUUCCUGUAUGUAUAGGAGGCUAAUGAACUGCGGUGCUUCUUCGUGUCUCAGCAGACCUAAGAACCAAGACAUACUGAUAUCCAGAUUAUGUGCUGGAAAUAGCUAAGUCUUUGCUUCCUAGGUGAAAACUACCUUUAUUAAUCAUAAAAAUAAAGCAGCCACAUCCUCAAGGGGCUGUGGCCCAGAAUUCCAGAGCACAGCUAUGGCUUGGGACCUUGCAGACAUCUAUGCAGCUGCAGACAUAAAAGGCAGAUUAUUUUUUUGUGUGCCUAAAUGGUCAAUUUUGAAUAUUUUUUUUAAUAGUAAGUGCCAUUAAUGUAAAGUAGCAAACUGGAAAUGUAGACUCAAAACUAAAGAAGCAGGUGAUUUACUGAUCUAUGAGAAGCCUGAAUGUGUGGGGGAGUGAGCCAGCAGGAACAUGGCUGGGAUUACAGCACUUUGGGAGACUCCUCAGCACACUGGAAGAGGGGCUGUCCUUGGGCACGUGGAGUGUUUCAGAUGACUUGCGGAGUUGACUGUGAGGUACAGCCAUUGGAUUGGUUUGAUUACAACUUGGGAUUUGUGUCUGUUUUCCUCUUGGGUUUUGAUUGAAAAGAAAAUGUGUCCUCUCUCAGACCUGUUGGUUUUUUACCACAACAGUUUUAUAAAAUGACUGUAACCUGAUUUUCUUUUAAGGUUUGCUAAAUGCACUGAGCUUUGGGGACGCUUCCUGCCCCGCCUGUGUUCCAGCAGGAGCUGGUGCCUGCCGGACCGCUGAGCUUCAUUUCACCCCACGGAGCCUUUCGGGAAGGACCCCUGUCCUGCUGCCCAGGACCUCCAGGAGGUCCUCAGGUGAUGGCAGGAGGUGUGAACACUGCUGAGUACAGGGUUUGCUUCCUGUGGUGCGGAAGCUGGUGGUGUGUGUAGGCAGGAUGGACACUGUGUGCAGAGACAGUGCCCCUCGGGACAGCCCAGCCUGGCUUCCAUGGCCAUCCUCACAGGGACAUGGAAAGAGGUGGCUUCUUGGCUUGUCUCACAUUUCUGUACUGCUCCACUGGAGGCUGAGGAGUGGGUAGCUGGCUGUUUGCACAUGGGCGACUUCCCUAUUUGUGGCCGGGUGUCCUCAUGUGCCCCCUGUCACAGGUGAAGUGAAAUAUUCAGGGUUGUGAGCUUUUUUCCCCCGACGCCUCCUGCUGGAUAUGCAGAAGUUCUGUGAUCCUGAGAUCUCACAGUGGGGGGAUUUGGUCCCUUUCAGUAGUCACUGAAAACACAUGGAAAACAAGUCACGUGACUCUUUUGGGAUCAGUUUGUGAUCUUUUGGGAUGUGUGGGAUAUUGCUUCCCUUAGCUCUGUAAUCUGAACAUAGCUCAUAGUGAUGGUGUAUAGAUAGCUACCUUCAUCUUCCUCAGUUUCAGUUCUCACAGGGUAUAAGUGGAAUAUUCCAGCUGUGCCUGCUUCAGGGUGCCUUUUCCAGGCUUAGGAGUUAAGCCCUUAGGAGAUUGAGUAGAAAUGUUUCAACACAGGACUUUCCAGGCUUUAUUACUGCUCUUCUCACCUGUUUGGUGCCAAAGGCUGCAAGAAGCACAUGCCAAUUUUUGUAGCAUUUCUGACACUCAGGUUAACAGUCUUUUUCCCUUUUUUUUUUUCUCUGUGCAUGUUUAUUAUGAGCUACCUUUCUCAAUGUCUUUCAGAGCUGUUACCUGCCUGAAGAGCUCUUGGAACACAGCGAGAUGACAAAUGGGGCAGUGAGGUGGACACAAAAUGAGAUGAAAACUGUGGUCCUAAAUGUGGCUGGUCCUCGCCAAAGCCAGGCUGUUGCUGUCUUCCCAGUGGGAAAGCAACGGGAAGGGUUAACAAUGCACAUGGCCCUGGGGCUUGGCUCCAGGGCCCAGGAGGAGAGGUGAGGGCUGUUGGACAUGCAGGGAGGAGGCUGGGCAUUGACAGACUUGUGGUCAGAAGCAAUCAGGUAAAUUAUACCCCAAGGCUCCAGGCUGGGCUGCAGGGGGUUUUAGCAGAGGGUCUCUAUGUAGUUAUAUUGCAGCACAUCAAAGCUGAAGGGAGAGAUAAGGCAAAGGCAAGCUGCAGACCCCAGUGACUCUAGAGCUGCCACCAGUUAUGGCCCAUGAUAUUUGCCUCCUAAUGGCCUUAACAAACCUGGGUCUUCAUACUCAAGACACCAAUCAGGUUUUUGCUUAAAUUUACCUUUUUUUUUUUUUUUUUUCUUUAGAGUUAGUUAUUUUAUCCUUUUUUAUGGUUGAUGUGAGAUUGGUGCACCCCGCUAAGCUUAAGCUUUUCCUGGUAUAUGUAGUUUAUACACAACUGAAACCAAGUUUGGGGUUAUUUACAGCCACUAUCCACUAUUCAAAGGAGGUGAAAUGUGUGACUGUCAGGGAAUGGGGUAUCCUUUGCUUGUUUUCAGGGUGUGUGGAUUGCAAUGUAACCUUAGUUGAAAUCAGGAAAGCCCUUGCUGCAGUAGACGUGUACAUGCUGCCUGUGGUAGCAAGAAGGCAAGGUAAGGAGUUGACACUUCCCUUCCAUACAGAAAUCCCAAUGGGUUUUUACAGCUUCUCCUUCAGCAUGCCGAGGGACUGAAGCCACAGGCCUUUUAGGAUCAGCUGCUGGAGACAGCGUCUGUCCCAAAGUCCUAAGAAGCACAACCACUUUGUGGCUGUGGUCAUGGAAAGAAAAACCAGUUAGUUGUGUUUGCCUCCAGACUCAAAAGGCCCUUAGGUGUGUAAUUAAUACAAUUAAUGCUUUGGUUGUCCUGUGUGUGGCAGGGGGCUCUGUGAGCACCAGUGUCUGAAGAAGAAGCUUAUAAUCAUUCUGGGUGUCCCAGUUAGUAAAACCAAGUACUGUGAAAAUAAGUUGAUAUAUUUGCUACUGUGAGAAAAAGAGUUUUAUCUGGAGUUUUUUAUACUAUAUUGUGUAUUUUUAUAUAUCUAAGAGGGAUAUAUAUAAAAUAUACACAUGCUCGCACACAUCACGUAGCCCUUGGAGUUGCUGUGGUGUUGGUAACCCAGCAGCCACAAUCAUGUUUGUGACUUGAGUGAAUAUGAGUUAAGCACCAAGGGUGGCUGCUGUGUUACUGUUCCAUAGAGCUUAUUUUGAAAGGAAAUCAAGGAGAUGGUGUGUAUGGCUAAAGUUGUGACUGAGGCAUCACCUACUAUUAAAGAGCAUAGAAACUAUAUUUAAAUUGCUGGCAUUCAGCUUUUAAGUGCACUUGCCUGAACUACACUUCCAUUUCUUGUUAGACUUGGAGUUUCUAAAGCUUUUUUGUGUACUACUAAAGCGAAAACUUUUAACUUUUUUUGUGAAACUGAUGUAUAUCAUAAAACCCUUGGAGUUGUUAAAUAAAGGAACCUGGUUAACAGUGCCUUUGCAGAUCUUCAA